CUUCGCGCGUUAUGUCGAAGUAAAUUUUACAAAUGAAAUACUCAUAAACAUUAAUCAUUAAGACAUAUCGCGAUGAGUAUAGAAGAAAUAAUAACUUUUGAUGGGCCAUACACAGCAGACAAAUACAAUCAAUUUUUUAAUCCAAACGUUUGUCAUGUUUGCAAACUGCCCAGUAAAAAUUUAAUACCAUGUAAUCAGUGCUAUAUGAUUUUUUAUUGUUCUGAAAACCAUGAAAGGAUACAUAAAGACUCACAUCUGAAUUUCUGCAGAAAUUUAGCAAAAAUAAUAGACAAAUCGGAUUGGAAUUUAUGUGGAGAUUUAGCAAAAUGGUUAAGUUCACGUUCGAAAAUUUUAACAAAAAUGACUGUGCGCAAAAUGUUCAAAGAUGUGAUAGAUAUAAAUGUGAUAAUAUUCGCAAAAUCGUGUUAUAAGUGUCAUCGACAGAUAAAUUUAAAACCAUGCAUCAUUUGCUUUUCAGCUAAUUAUUGUGAUGAUCACCAAAUGUUAUUUAAUCUAGAACACAAGGAUAUCUGUAAAGAGCUGUUACUAAUAUUGAACAUUAAUAUCGCCUGUAUGAAAAGCAAUCUUUUGCAUUUAUGUCUAAGCAAACUGGAGUUUACCAAAUUUCCUGAUAUUAGACCCUAUCAUAACAUGAUUACAUUUAUUAACAGCUAAUUAUUGUGAUGAUCACCAAAUGUUAUUUAAUCUAGAACACAAGGAUAUCUGUAAAGAGCUGUUACUAGUAUUGAACAUUAAUAUCGCCUGUAUGAAAAGCAAUCUUUUGCAUUUAUGUCUAAGCAAACUGGAGUUUACCAAAUUUCCUGAUAUUAGACCCUAUCAUAACAUGAUUACAUUUAUUAACAGGUAUUUAGUCAUGGAAGAACUAGAUAAUAAUAAAAAAAAAUUUUACUUCCCUAUCCAAAGUUUCUGGACAUUAGAACAUUAUGUGUGUUCGGACUAUGUAACAGGUCCUCUGACAUUAUACUACGCGUUACAAGAAUCAAAAUUGUUAUUUCUCCCGAGUAAUGAUUAUAAAUUUAUCGUCCAUAUUAUAGAUGCAACUGAAACAGAUAUAAUGUGUUUAAAGGUUUGGCAUAUUUUCCUACAUCUCUUUUCUAAUAUAAAAGAACUAUAUAUUGUAUUUAUAAAAUCGCCAAUAUUCGAUUCGUGUGAACUAGGGACUGUUUGUUCAAGGUGCCGUAAAUAUAAUCAGAAACUUUAUGUUGAAUAUGUAUCAGAACUGUACCACAGAUAUGCGUGUUUAGAGUCAUUUAAACAACCUAAUGUGAUCAUAAUACUGGACACAAAUUUGUAUAUGGUAACAACCUGGUGUGAAUCUAUAUCAACAAUAAUAGCACAAAAAUGUCCGUUACUUUUUACCGUUUUUCAUGAAAACAAAAUAAAUUACGUUACAAAAAAGAUACAAAAAGUAACAGGUGCAACGAGAAAUCAACUGUGCAGAAAAAAUAAAUUCCGCAGUUGUAUGCCAUAUAACAAUAUUAUGACUAGUGAAGUGUAUUACCGAAAUGCACAUUUUAUUAUGUAUUCAUGAAUUUUAAUCACUUAACCCAACCAAUCACAGGCUGAAGAUCAGGAGUUAUUUUAUCAUAGUUAUCAUUUCAGUAUAAUAUAGUAUUGUAGAUCGCCCGUGUUCUUUAGGUAAUAGGUCAUAGAAUAUUUGCAAUAUAUUUUAUAUGGAUUAUAAUCCUUAUGCUGCUCCCUUUAAACAAGAUACGUAACUCAUUGAAUGAUUUACGAUUUUUAUGUUUUAAACUGUCAAAGUAUAUUAAAAAGUAUAAAAAUAAAAACUUGGAACUAUUAGUAUCUUUCGAGUUUUGUAUCUGUUAUUGUAAAUUAAAUACAAGUUUAAUCAAAGUUGCCAAUAAAAUCUAGAUUUUUUAAUAUUAUGCAUGCAUUAGUAAAUAUAUAUUAUGUAUCUUCCCUCUUAUUUUGUAAAAUUGUAGCAUAUGUACAUUAUGUCUCAAUAUUUUUUGAACAUUUUGCCAAUGAAUUUCUAAAGAUAACCAACAAUCAUAUAAGAUGUCUCAAAUUCUAGGAAUUAGUAAAAAUUCCGAAACUAGAUAGUAGUUAUAUUUUAUUACUUUGUUUUUUACUGUUCAUGUGAUUUUUGUUUAUUGUGCAUAGUAGCUCAAUAAUUGUAACAUUUUAUAUGGAUUCCAUUCUUCAUACUUUACGUAGUACCAGAAUCUAUAACUCAUUACACUGAUAUUACAAUAAAAAUUACCAAAAAAAUAUCGAAAUAGAAAAAAAUAUAUCCGAAACUAUUAUCCGAAUCUGGUGCCAUCGAUUAUUAUAUAUUAUUCGUAACUGUAUACAUAGCUGCAAACAAAAUUUGAAUUUUUUAAUAAAUUUAUUUCCAAAUA